UGUUAUUAGCUCCUGGAAGCAAAGGCCCAGCACACAUAAUCCCCUUUCCUAUUAUUGUUGAGACUUUUUCAGAGUUAAGGUGCUGCCAGGUCACUCCAGUGCUCAUCGUGCAAACCCCCAGGAGAGACAGGCCAGCAAAAUCUCUUCCUCACGCCACUGGCAUCUCAAGACUCCUUAGAAAACAUGGUUGCUAUGCAGCCUUGUUUGUUCACGAUAAAUAUAGCAAUAAAUAAGAGGAACACCCAUGGGAUCACUGGUUUCAGGACUCAUAGCAGAGACCAUAAUACAACAUGUAGAAACUGAAGCAAUCCCACAUAUACAAUCAAAGAAACUGAGAUAUUCUGGGAAAGAAGUAACAGCAGUUCUGGGUCCAGAAAAAUGGAGUAGAAGUUGAAACUCCUUAGCUGUGCAGGUACCUCAGGCUCUUCGAGGUGCAUGGCAACACAUGAUGAUUUUAUGGCAGGAAAGUACCAAGCUCAGGUUGCAAUAUAUUGUGGCAGCAUUCCCAAACUAAAAUCUGGAUGCAAGUCAUCUAGAGGAGGAAGCAUUGAUUCUACUUUGCAGCUCCAUGGAAAUGGAUGGAUGACAACACAUGAGGGCGAGGACCCUACCUUGGCAUCUCUUCAUUCAGUUUUAAAACAACAAUCAUGUUUAUGGGGAAGCAAAGGAGAACCUCCAGAUGUUUCUUCUCUGGAGAGCUGCGACAGUAGACAUGGCCUUCAGAAGAAUACAGACAGUACAGUCAUGAAUGACUCUUCACAGAUACCUAAUGCCCAGCCAAAGUACAGUCUCAGUGAAUUGGAAAUAAAUAGUGCAGCCAUGGAGACUGCUCAAAUUAAGGAUAAACUCAAAAAAAGAAGAAUGUCAGAAGGCCUACUGGCAUCAAAAAAAGGCUUGCUGGACAAAGCUGUUCCCAAGGGACCUGCCCUUAAACCAGCCAUUUCCAGAUCUGCUUCUCAAAGACUGCUGGUCACUCCCAAGCCCAUGCCUCCUAUUCAGAGCAUACCAAAUACCCCAGAGACCAACAAUGCUCAAGAAACAGAGCCACAAGUUAGGGAGAAUGGUUCAAGCUCUUUACAGGCUGAAGGAGUUAAUCCAGAUUUAACAUCCACCCAGCAGAUUGCACAUGGUCAUGAUGAGAAUCCAAAAAAAUCUUUAGGUGCUGCCUUGAUCCCACCCAUCCCCAAGUUAGGAAAGGCAUAUGAAGAAAAUUCUCAGAACGUUGCAGAAUGCUUUUCAAGCCUGCCGCAGGCAGAAUGUGUCCCACUUGCUAUAGUUGAGUGUCCCAAAACAAGGUCAUUGUCAGAGCCUGGUAAUGGUGAAGACAACAGCCCAAAAACACUGGAAACUGGAUUGUCUAAACCUGCUUUCCAGAAUGGCUUUCCUGCACCUCUGAAGAUUGUUGGGGGAUCACUGGCAUCCUUACUGCCACCUGCCACCUCCUCCCUCUGUCUGACCAAGGAAGAAGGCUUGCAUUCAAAUCCUCACCUGUUAAAAGAUGAAUGGAAAGAGAGCAAUGGGAGGAUUCAUGUGACAAUAUCCAAGUCAGCUCAGGAGAAAAUGCGUCAGAAGCAGCUAAAGGAGAUAGAGUUCUUGCGUAAAGAAAAGGAAAAGGAGAAAGAGAGAGAAAAGGAAAGACCCACAAAAACCCAGGAACAACAGUCAAGGAAUGCUCUGGAUGGAUCCAGUUGGCUUCAUCGUAAUGGAGCCACCCCUGUUACUCUUCACCUGAGCAAUCCUUGCAGAGCUUCUGUUGGGAUGGCCUUAAGAAAACGAGUGAACAGGCCCUCAUUGCCCAGCAUCCCUGUUAUCAGCCAAGACAGCAAUUUCCUGAGACAUGCAUCAGCUAAUUCCCUGCCAGCAAAUCUCCAACACUCUCCAAAAUGGGAAGAGGACCUUGUAAGUAGGGAUGCCUUUGAGAUAAGACCGUUGUCUCAUCCAGAACACGAAUUAAUCGAGGCUCUCAAGUGGCUCAGCAGCAAUGAUUGGCACCUGAAGGAGAAAGGACUCCUCAACAUCAUAUGCUUGGCUACCUGCCAUUCAGAAGUUCUGCAGGGUAGACUUCAUGAUGUUUCCUUGGCAGCUACAAAGGAGGUUAGCAACUUACGAUCUAAAGUAUCUAGGUUUGCUAUUGAGACACUUGCUGAAUUGUUCAAAGCUAUGAAGAAGCACAUGGAUCAAGAGAUUGAGGAGAUUUCUCGAGUCCUGCUGCAGAAAGCAGGUGAUACUAGUGAAUUCAUCCAGAAAGCAGCUGACCAGUCCCUGGGAAUCAUGGCACAGAGUGUGACUCCAUCGCGAGCAAUGACAGCCCUCAUGGCCAAUGGAGUGAACCACCGAAACCCCCUCAUUCGAAAAUGUGCUGCUGGACACUUACUGACAGUCAUGGAACAAAUUGGGGCUGAGAAACUGCUCUCGGGCAAUCGGGAGAGUACCGAGUUAUUAGUGCAGACAUUAGUGAAAAUGGCUCAGGACUGCCAUCAAGACACAAGGUGUUAUGGCCGGAAGAUGCUGAACAUGCUUAUGUGUCAUUCAAAAUUUGAUGGGUAUUUGAAACAAAAUGUACCAUCACAUGACCUACGGGAUGUCAUGGCUGCAAUUAAACAAAAAGGGACAGAAGAUUCAGCCUCCCAAGCAACUUCUGCCAAAAGUUACCGAGGAUCAAAGAAUGGCAGUUUGACAAUCUCACUGGACAGCCUGUCUUCGGGCGAAGGGUCUACCAUGGAUGUUCUUAAUUUCUCACAACCUGCAGCUCGUGGUUCCUCACUUCGCAGCAUAGAAAUAAUGGAGCAGCUGAAGGAAUUGAACAAACAGCUUGGAGCCAAGGAAUUUCAGAUACGAAUAGAUGGAAUAGCCUUACUAAUGGACCAUUGCAAGAAGAACCCACACUUUGUCUCAUCAAAUAUUGUGCAGAUUUUUGAUACUUUUACACUGAGGCUUCAGGAUUCCAACAAGAAAGUGAAUCAGUAUGCAUUAGAAUCAGUUGUCACCAUGAUUCCAGUGCUUAAGAAUGGCUUUAAUCCAGUCCUGCUCUCCGUGGUGACUAUAGUGAUGGACAACUUAAACUCAAAGAAUUCUGGGAUUUACAGUGCGGCAAUAAAGGUUCUGGACAUAAUGAUUACUUAUUUAGAUAACCUAUUGCUGCUUCAAAUAUUUGCCAGCAGAGUGCGUUUUCUCACUGGCCGAGCUCUGCAGGACAUCACGGAAUAUCUGGCAGGUCUUGUGGCUGUUGCUUAUCCACAAAAGCCUCAAGUUACGGAACGUCACAUCCUUCCUGUUCUCUGGUAUUUCCUGAGUAACAUGAUUGGUAAUGGGGUAUUGCCUGGGAAGAGUGGAAAUGUGAGAACUGUGGUCUCUAAACUCACUAAAAGCUUGCACAAACAAAUGGGGCUGAAACUUGAGGAAUAUGCUUGCAACCAACCACAACAUGUGAUCAAACUGUUUCAAGAUCUUCUAGAUAUGGAUCUUCACUGAAGAGAGCCUGUUACUGUUUCUGGAACAGUUAUAGUGGGACAUUUCAAAGAGGAGCAAAAUGGAUAAUGAUACAGAACUUGCCAUUACUUAACCUUUUUAUUUUUGAGUCUCCUGUUGAAAGCUUUUAGUAAUAACCUACAACGGAAAAUGUAUAUAAUAUAUUUUGCUGUAGAAUUAAAUCAUCUAUUUUUUUAAGGUUUAAGCUCCUCCAAUUUUGACCCAUAGAGAUUUCCUCAAUGACAAUAAUGCAUAAAUGUCAUAACUGUAACAUUUAUAUGUGUAAAAAGAGAAAUUUAUUUAUGUAAUAUACAUUUGUCUACAGUAUGUGAUAAAGUGAUAGAGGUAAAUUUUAAACCAUAACAGUGCCUCUAUCACUAUGGAUUGCCAGUUAGAGAAGAUGAAUUAUAUGACUAUAAAAAAGAGGCCAGCUUAAGCAAAUACCAAUUUGUGGUAGCUUCCAAACGGUCAUGUAAGCUGCCCAGCAAAGUUAUUCCUUAGGUGGUUACUGGAAAAAAAUUGUGAAAGGAAGAAGAGGAAAUCUGAAUAUAAAUGCUGGACACAAAAUGCAUAAGAAAUAUUCCAAACAAUGUUUUUCUUCCAUUCAGUUGACCUGUUAUAGAGGAGAUGACACACAGUUCUUCCACUUAGCACUGGCAUAGUAUAUUCUCAUUUCUUUAUUCUUUUUUACAAGCCAUCAAGGAGAAAAAAAUGAAACACCACGCAAUGCCUCUUGUCAGAUAGGUUUUGUUGCUGUCUUGAAGAACCAAGAAAAUCUCAUUUAUCUCAUACUAUGUUAGGAACUUGAGAUGAUAUAACUUGUCACUACUUUCUGUUCAUUGUUUUUGAAUCUGCCUCUCUUCACUUAAUUAGCAAAGUAUCUAUACAGCACUUCCUUUAGUAAUACAAUACAGUAGAGUGGUUUGGAACAUCUGGAAUUGUCUGGUUGUGCUCUAGAAGCACUAGCCUUCAGCAAUGAUUUCCAAAUUGAUUCUGAAAUACUGGAAGUCAAAAUUAAUCCCUGCAGAAUUUCUAUAUGGACAGCUGUCAUUUGCUAAUGUGGCAUAAAUGUCCAUCAUCAUUAGAUUAAUAUUUUAAAAAGUAAAAUGUUUUAAUUAUUAAAAAUACAUUUUAAAUUUCCUUUGUUUGCAUUUACAUUUUGAUCCUCGAUAUUCAAAAGGCAUUAAGUGCCAGCCCCAAAGGAUAGAUCAAGAAAUCAAUGCCAUAUUGGUCAAAAAUUACUUUUAUCAGAACAGCUAUAAUAACAGGAUCUUGCAAGUCUAAAUGUGCUUCCCCCUCUCUCAUUUUAUAUCCAUAUGAAUUAGGGAUGGGUUUAUCUGAGGCAUUUUCUCAGAUUAAUUUCUUGGAAUGGACUUAAACCACACUUGUCUGAUUGUUGACUUGAAAAUAGAGAUUUCCUUUAUCCUUCAAGGCCAUUCUCUGUUGUCUCUACAUUAACUUGAGAGUGAGGUGGGAAGGAUUAUCUGAAUGAAAAUAUGCAACUAACCUGGAUAUUUUGUCUAAACUAGCAGUAAUCAGCAGUAAUUAGUGCCAGAGGUUUCUAAGUGCUAAUAGUUUGCCUCUCAUGAAUGUCUGGAACACAAAAAGCUUUCUGCCUUAGUCUAAAUGUAAGGCCAAAUGAAGUGUUCCCUCAAAUCAGACCAAAAGCCUAUCCGUUGGAAUGGGGGGGGGAGGAGAGCAUAAGUGGAAAGCGAAUGCAAUUCUAAUAAUAAUCAAGUUCCUUAUUAAAGUUUUUGACAAGAUAAGAGCAAAAAUAUUUAAAGAAAAACUCAAGUGAUACUGGUGUUCUUUCUUGUGACUUUUUAAGAGAUUCACAAAGCCAAGAAGGAAAGGAAUGUGUCAUUUGGGGUGAAUUGUUAUAAGCAUGCUGAAGAUAUUCAGCUGUACCUCACCACACCAAGCCAUGUCAGGCAUAUUAUGGAAAGCUUGAAUCAAUAUCUGAAGGCUCAGGUAAAAUAAACCUAAGCUAAAUACCUAUCUCCAGGAUUAAUUGCUAUAUGUCAAUAAACAUCUGAGGACAUCAGUCCCAGUAGUUACUCUGAAUGAGGUUAAGCUUCCACACUAAGUUGGUUUCUGGACCUUUUCUUGGAUUCUUGGAUACUAUCUAAACAAAGGUGAAGAUGUGGCUGGGGGAGGGUGGGUAUGCCAAAUGCCUACCUGGACCCAGAUUCUGAUAACUGAUGCCCUAAUCUCAAUAUAUCCGGAUUACUGUAAUAUGCUUUAUUUGGGAUAUUUGCAAUAUUUGGAGAAGCUGCUAGUCCCACUAGGUGGAGCAAUUUAGCUUCACGGGAUAUCUAAAAUUACUUUUAUUGAGAUUGAUAUAAUCACAGAAUUUUCAAAUCUUAUGGUGCUGUAUGUCUUCUUAAGUAAAUUAGGGAGGUGUCUAUCUGAGCUGGUUAUGAAUGUUAUCUGGCCGUUCUCGACUUUAAAAUGUUUCAGAUCCUUUUGCUUAGAACACAGUUCUUGCAUAUUUCCAUCAAGCUCAUCUUCCUUAUUCUCUACAGAAGCUGUAAUGGUCCAAGAUGUGCUGCUGAUGAAUCGGUCCUACUAUUGUAGGGCAGCACUUCUAAUAAUUUUUGCACUAGUUAUCCCGGAGGUUUCCAAAAUCAGCUGAGUCUGCACAUCUAGUAAGAACAUCUCAAGAGGUUUUGCUGAAAGUCUUUCAUUUUUGGUGGGCAUGGACUAGGUGACAGACCUUUUCCAAGGGAGGUGCUCUGUGCUUUAAAACUCUUUUGUGUGUGUGUGUAUUUUGGGAAAUCCCCUCCCUCUUCAUGUUCUGUGAGGCCGAUAAAACAAACCUUCUGAUUGUUUAAUGGCAUCCACUUUGGAGUGAGUCAAUUAAUCUGAAAUGCUGCUUGUAUGUGACUAUGCCAUUCACAUUCUCUGGACUAGUGUGAAUUACCCAAUCUAUACAUGAAGUAAUGCUAAUGUGGAAUUGCAAUUGUGAAAAUUUGGCACAAUUAUACAGUAGAGCAACUCUUUUCUUAGUGCUAUUCACUAAAUUCAUAAAGGGGAAAGCAAGAGUGUCUUUACUCUAUAAACUUAUUAGGUGCAUGUACAAAGACUCUUGGCAAUUUCUAAGUGUAUAGCAGUUUCGGGUCUUCUCAAAAUCCCAUGUAUUUGGGCAAGACUAGGUUAAAUUCUCCUUCCUCUCUAAAUUCAUAUUGUGCGGCUUAUGAGUUAACUAUGCAUAUAGGAGGAAAACAACCAUGGUUUGAGUCCCAAUCUCCUUUAAAUAGCUUUCUGCUCAGGAGAUACUCCUGCUAAUGAAAUAGACAGAAGUCAGUUUUAUUAACAGUAUUUCCUUUUUUAAUGGUCUGAAAAAACAUGCAAGGUGAAACUGAGAAGGCAGAAAGAGAAGUCAAUGCCAGGAAACAGCCUCUUUCCUUUGGAUUGGAAUCUUUUCUGGGAAUAAAAAGACUGCUCAGGAUUAGGGGUAGGAAACAGAUGGGGUUAGAUGGAGUGCCAGGAUCUGCAAAAGAGAAUUGGCAAAUGCUUCCUACUGCCCUUGAUUCUCUUCUAAAAUAGUUCUUUCAGGUAGGAUGAGCCACAGACACCUACUGAUCCAUCCACACUAUAUAAUAGUGAAAGAGAGAGAAAGACAGAGAGAGGGGGGAGAGAGAGAGAAGGAGAGGGGGGAAAGUACAUAUGAAGGAAGAGGAAGAGUACAUAUGAAGGAAGAGGAAGAGAAAGAGAAAAGCAACAGCAGCAUUUUCUAUUUUCUAUUGCUGGGGCUUCAUUUUUUGGCAAGGGAUUCAGAGAAUUUGUUUUAUUAAUCAAUUAGUUUGCUAUUCCACCUUUGCCACCCUGAAAUCUGCCUUGAAAUUUCUGAAGUUUUAUUAUUUACGUAAAAAGGAUCCUGUUCUGUUGCCUCAUUCUCAGGAUGCCUGAAAACAUAGAACUGUUAUAAUCUGGAUCUUUCUUUUUGAAGAGGCAUUAUGAAUCACAAUCACAGUUACCUAGCACCACCACAAAAGGAUCAGUAAGUGUCAGGACAGUUUACUUGGCAAGAGUUGUGCAAAGACUUAGGUUUCAUCAGCCUCUGCUAGAUUUAUCCUGUUGACAAACAGCGUGUGCCAGUUUCUGCUCCAGUUUUCUUGUUUAACCUUCACAAGGACACAACAAGCAGCAUUAGACAUAUAUACACCCAGACAGGCAUACUCACAUGGGUAUAAACACACACAUACAUGCAAUUACACAGAGUACAGAAGAGAGCAAUUCAACUCACACAGAGCACACAUAACAGUAUAAUUCACAGUGUGGAAAUGUAGAACAAAAUUUUGGUUAACCAGUUUUAAAAUAUCUUCUUAUUAUGCUGCUACAUCCCAUUUUUUUCUGAAUAAGACAAAGAGCAAUAAGAGCAUAAAUGUAAUAAUUUUUUUUACAAUGAAUGUGUAUUAAAAUGGAAUUGAAUUUCAAA